CAAGUUCUCUCAAAAGAAGAAAAAGGAAGAAGAAGAAAUACUUUCUCAAUUCUCUCUAAUGGCUUUGAUAACCUUACUUGAAGCCUCAAUUUAUUUCCUUUUUUUCUCCUUCAUUUUCGGAUAUUUCUUGAUUAGCAAGAAACCUCACCGUUCCUUUCUGACGGACUGGCCGAUACUCGGUAUGCUUCCGGGUUUACUCGUUGAGAUCCCUCGUAUUUACGACUAUUUAACCGAGCUUCUCGAGGCCUCAAACUUAACUUAUCCUUUCAAAGGCCCGUGCUUCGGGGGCCUCGACAUGUUGGUCACCGUUGAUCCGGCCAAUAUCCAUUACAUCAUGAGCUCAAACUUUGCGAAUUACCCAAAAGGAUCCGAGUUCAGGAAGCUAUUCGAUGUUUUGGGGGAUGGGAUUUUCAACGCGGAUUCAGAGUUAUGGAAAGAUCUGAGGAAAUCAGCUGAAGGUAUGAUGAGUCAUCCGGAUUUUCAAAGGUUUACGGUAAGAACAAGCAUGAGUAAGCUAGAGAAAGGGCUUGUCCCACUUCUUGAUUGCGUUGCUGAGAAGAAACUAGUCGUUGACUUACAAGAUGUGUUCCAAAGAUUUACUUUCGACAAUUCGUUUGUUUUAGCAACCGGGGUUGAUCCAGGUUGUCUCUCGACUGAAAUGCCGGAAAUCAAGUUUGCUAGAGCUUUAGACGAAGCAGAGGAAGCGAUAUUCUUCAGACAUGUCAAGCCCGAGAUGGUUUGGAAGAUGCAAAGAUGGAUUGGGUUUGGAGAUGAGUUGAAGAUGACAAAGGCUCACUUGACUUUUGACCGAGUUUGCUCUAAGUGCAUAGCUUCUAAAAGAGAUGAAAUAACCCGUGGGGUUAUUAACAUUGACUCUUCUUCUAAAGAUUUGUUGAUAUCUUACAUGAACGUGGAUACGAGCAAGUACAAGUUGUUGAAUCCUAGUGAUGAUAAGUUCCUUAGAGAUAUGAUUUUAAGCUUCAUGUUAGCUGGUAGAGACACCACUGGCUCUGCUCUCACUUGGUUCUUCUGGCUUCUCUCCAAGAACUCAGAAGUGAUAACCAAGAUUCGUCAAGAAAUCAACACAAAACUAUCUCCUAGAACCAGUGGUUCUGACUUUGAUUCAUUCAAUCCCCAUGAGUUAAACAAAUUGGUGUACUUACAUGGCGCGUUAUGUGAAUCCCUCAGGCUAUAUCCAUCCGUUCCAUUUCAGCACAAGUCUCCUACAAAAUCGGACGUCCUUCCGAGCGGACACAAAGUCGAUGCGAGUUCAAAGAUUGUGUUCUGUCUUUACUCAUUAGGGAGAAUGAAAUCAGUUUGGGGAGAAGAUGCAUCAGAAUUUAAACCAGAGAGAUGGGUUUCGGAGAAUGGAAGGUUGAUCCAUGUGCCUUCUUUUAAGUUCUUAUCAUUUAAUGCCGGUCCAAGGACUUGUUUGGGGAAAGAAGUGGCUAUGACACAGAUGAAGAUAACGGCUGUGAAAAUUAUACAAAACUAUGAUAUAAAGGUCGUUGAAGGACACAAGAUCGAGCCAGUUCCUUCUAUUAUUCUUCACAUGAAGCAUGGUCUUAAAGUUACUGUCACUAAGAGAUGUUUGGUAUGAAUAUUAUGCAAUAUACUUUAAUUUGACCUAUAUGGUAUGGAAAUAAUUAUUAGAAUUCUGUUCUAGCUUAAGAGGGUUAAUUUUUAUA